AUGGUCGCCAUCUUCAAACGCAAGGGCAAGGCAGCCAAGGAGGCAGAGAAGAAGGACAGCGAGAAGCCUGCCGAAGAAGCUCCCCCCAAGCCUACUUACAAGCAUGUACCAACACACGCAGCUUCAGACUCUGUGGGUCAAGGCAGCAGACUGGAGGACAAGCAGGAUCGAAACCACAUCGCCAUUGCCAGUCGGAGACGAGCAGCCAACUCCAUGUACGAUAGCACCUUGGGCAACGCCUCGUUCCAGCAAUCGAUUGCCCACGAACUGGCUCACGGAACGCCUUCUCCAAUGACCCCAUAUGGGUCUCAGCCACGCUACCAGGAUGAUAUGUACUAUGGCGAAUUCGACUCGCCUCAGAUGGCUGGACAUCCAAUGACGCCUGGCCACAUGAGGAUGUCACGACAAUCGGGCGACUACUUCGCUCAGUCUAUGCACAGAGGACGAUCUUACGAAAGCCGCGGCAAGGGCAAAGAACACGGCUACGGAACUCCUUACUACUCAGACUCUGGCUAUGAGUCUGCUGGUCCACCAUCUGGUCUGCCGUCCCGAGACCCCAGUCUGCAGAAUCUCCAGGACCUCGAAAGACAGUACAUGAGCCGUGACAACAAGGGCUUGCUUCUACCAGAGCCUAGGUUCAGCGAAGACUUCGCCAACAUGUCUAUCGACACAGAUCAACUUGGGGUUGCCGAUGCGGUGGUCGCUGCGAAAGAAAGUGCGCCCAAGAACUCUGGCAACGUCUCGCCUCUGGAUCUCGAUGCCGACUCUCGGUCUACCAAGUCGACCACUUCAGUCAGCAAAAGGACAAGGUUCGAAGACGACCCAGAACCAAUGCCCGAGCUGGACCAGCUGGAGCAACAUCGUAAUACUUCGUCUCCAGUCGUUGAACAAGCUCCUGUAUCCGAAAGCAAGCCUGUCACCGUCAAGCCUGAAGAACCCACCGAGUCUCCAGUCGACUCUGCCAGAGGCUCACCAGUCGAGUCCGACGCCGAGUCUGAGCAGAAUGAGCCAUCGCCUGUCAAGGCUGUAGAUGAAAGCACAGAGGUCACUGCAAGCCCUGCCGAGGUGAAGCAGCAAGCGGACCAAACCGAACCAAGACCAUCGACUCAGACCAUUGCUGGAACCUCUCGUGCCUCCGUCUCUAACGAUCGACCGAACCUGCAAAGGAUGUCAUCCGCCCCUAGCACCCGACGUAUGACGCUGCCUCCCCUUACCAUCUUGGAAGGACUUAAGGUCAACAAGAAGGGAUUGAUCUUGGACGAGGAGGGAGACCCAAUUGGACAACUCAUCGACGGUGAGCUCUUGGACUGUGUUCGACAGAAGGCCAAUGGAAACGGAGAGGUUCUUGAUGAGUACGGCCGUGUGGUUGGCACUGUCAGGACCAUCCCUGCGGGUGCCGACAUCUCUCCUGUCGUCGCCUCCCGUCCAAAUACAUCUCACCACGCUGGCCAAGCUCGUGCCCAGAAUGGACGCCCACAACUCGUAUACCACACCCAAAGCGAGUCUGCUGUCCCCCGGCAAUCACAACGCAAGAGCACGCAGGCCCGGCCUGAGGUGAUGCCAGAGGAGGCCGGUUCUGAGUCUGUCUCACGGGACUUCGCUGAACAACCAAAACGUUCUGCACCUCGCACUGCCAGUGAGAGAAGCCUGGCUGAGCUGUCGAAGCCUUAUGCUCGACCAACCAUGACCUCGGUGCCUGAGAACAAUGUCCCCGAAGAAGAUGCCGUUCCUGACAGCCCUGGCCUUUACGCCUUCAAGGGUGAGCUUCCGGCCGAUGACAAGCCUCAGGAAGAUGCCCGCAUGAGAUCUCGUUCGCCGCCCACGCAAGUCCACCCAGCCAACCGGCCUGCGCUUGCUGGUGGCCAUCCUUACAGCCAGAUGUAUGCUCCGAUGAUGUCAAGCCAAGUCUACCCAGGAGGAAGGAUGGGUCCCCGUCGUGCUACUACACAGUUCGCUGGAUAUGGCUCUAUGCAUGGUGGACUCUCAGCACCCAGGUUCCCCCAACACCGACCAGCCCAAAGUCCAUUGAGCAGUCAUGAGUCUAGCCCUCUCCGAAGCGACGCUGGCUUUGACCAAAUGGAAGGUGGCCGCCCACCCAUUGCUCACUCUCGUGCAAACUCUAUGCACUCUGCCGCUGGCAACAGCAACAAGCCCCGUACUUACUUCACGCACGGUGGCAAGGUCACUGUCGACCCCAACGCCCCUAAGCCCGAGAAGGCUGCGGAGAAAGCCGAGGAAGCUCACAAGGAGGAGGAGAAGCAACCGGAGAAGAAGAAGAGGUUCAGUGUUGGCUUUGGCAAGAAAGACAAGAAGGAGAAGGAGAAGAAGUAA